AUGGCCUCCUUCUUCCCGGUUCGUCCGGUCUGCUCGGCCGUUCGCAAGCAGUCGACGACCCUGCCUCGAUCUCUAUCCUCUACACAGCCUAUUGCUCCCUCGUCGGGGUCUUGUAGUCAUUUCUCGUCACUAUGCUCCACCUCUAGAUCGAUGAAUUCUCCCGUCACUCGCCCCUCUCAAUCCUCCAUUCUUCCAUUCUCCGCCGGGAAAGGGCAAACGCGAACGUUCCUGGUCCAACUGCGCCGACAGGCGCAGACUUUCAAACAGAACGCUCCUUCGACAGACGCCGCUCGCCCACCAGUCAACCUGCAACUCACCAACCUCCCCUACUUCAUUCGUCGCACCGCCUCCAACCAACUCCCCGUGUACCUGGUCACCAAGGCCGGCGGUACCAAGCAGCAGACCAAGAUCCAGAAGACCGAGGGUGAUAUGGACGCGUUGCGGAGUGAUUUGGCGCAGUACCUGGGACUCGAAUCUGGCGGAGCCAAGAGCCCGGAUAUCACGAUCAACCGCCUGAAUGGCCAUAUUGUCGUCAAGGGCUGGCGGAAACCUGAGAUUCAAAAGUUCCUCCUCGAGCGCAACUUCUAA